ACUAAGUUGGGAAAGAUCCAAGCUGAGUACUGGAACAGCCAGAAGGACUUCCUGGAGCAGAAGCCGGCCAAGGUGGACACGUUCUGCAGAUUCAACUACGCCAUUGUGGGGCUAUUGACUGUGCAACAGAGAGCUGAGCCCCGGGUGACCGUGUACCCGACAAAGACGCAGCCCCUGGAGCACCACAACCUCCUGGUCUGCUCUGUGAGCGGCUUCUACCCCAGCCACAUUGAAAUCAGAUGGUUCCGGAAUGGCCAGGAGGAGAAGGCUGGGGUCGUGUCCACGGGCCUGAUCCGGAAUGGAGACUGGACCUUCCAGAUCCUGGUGAUGCUGGAGACGGUUCCUCAGAGUGGAGAGGUUUACACCUGCCAGGUGGAGCAUCCCAGCCUGAGCAGCCCUGUCACAGUGGAGUGGAGGGCACAGUCCACAUCUGCACAGAACAAGAUGCUCAGUGGAAUCGGGGGCUUCGUGCUGGGUCCGCUCUUCUUCGUGCUGGGGCUGUUCAUCUACUUCAGGAACCAGAAAGGUCUCUCCUCUCCUCCACCAUGAUGCCACUGUGGCUCCCCAGAGGCUCCUGUGUGGCAGCUGUGGUCCUGGCCCUGAUGGUGCUGAUCCCUCCGGUGGCUUUGGUCAGGGACCCCCGACCUCGGUUCCUGUUACAAGCUAAAUCCGAGUGUCGUUUCUACAACGGGACGCAGCGCGUGCGGUAUCUGGAUAGAGCCAUCUACAACCAGGAGGAGUACAUGCGCUUUGACAGCGAGGUGGGCGAGUACCGAGCCGUGACCGAGCUGGGGCGGCCUGAAGCCAAGUACUUCAACAGCCAGAAGGAGUACCUGGAGCAGAAGCGGGCCAACAUAGACGUGUACUGCAGACACAACUACAGGAUUAUGCACAGCUUCACUGUGCAGCGGAGAGUUGAGCCCCGGGUGACCGUGUACCCGACAAAGACGCAGCCUCAGGAGCACCACAACCUCCUGGUCUGCUCUGUGAGCGGCUUCUACCCCGGCCACAUUGAAGUCAGAUGGUUCCGGAAUGGCCAGGAGGAGAAGGCUGGGGUCGUGUCCACGGGCCUGAUCCGGAAUGGAGACUGGACCUUCCAGAUCCUGGUGAUGCUGGAGACGGUUCCUCAGAGUGGAGAGGUUUAUACCUGCCAGGUGGAGCAUCCCAGCCUGAGCAGCCCUGACACAGUGGAGUGGAGGGCUCAGUCCACAUCUGCACAGAACAAGAUGCUGAGUGGAAUCGGGGGUUUUGUGCUGGGUCCGCUCUUCUUCAUGCUGGGGCUGUUCAUCAACUUCAGGAGUCAGAAAGGAAAGUCUGGGCUUCAGCCAACAGGACUCCUGAGCUGACUGAGGUGACAAGGCUGAAGGAAGGAGCUUCCUGUCUCCAUGGCUCCAGUUCCUCCAUUGACGAUGCUGCCCCAGGACCUGGCUCCUCCUGGCUCUGGAUCCUGCAGACCCGUGCUCCCUGAUGGCUGACUCAGCCCCUGCUGGAGCCUGACAGCACAGGACAGACGUCCCCUCCCCUCCCCUGUCCAUCUUAUUUUUGUCCCCUGCAUUUUGUGUGAGCUUCUGAGCUAGGCUGUGUUAUAAUGCUUUCUUACAUUUUUGUCAAAUAAACAAAGAAUUAAAA